AUGUCUCAAUCAGGAGCCAAGGUUUCCCCCGAGGUCUCGGAGGCUUUCCAGAACCUGAAGCGCAGCAACGACAAGAACAGAGUGCUGCGAUACAUCAUCUUCAAGCUGUCCGACGACUACUCCGAGAUCCAGGUCGAGCACGCUGAAGCCGACAGCGACUGGGAGAACUUCCGUGAGAAGCUUCUCAACGCCACCUCCAAGAGCAAGACUGGUGCUGUUGGAAAGGGACCCCGCUACGCUGUCUACGACUUUGGCUUCAAGUUUGACGGCCGAGACAUCAACAAGAUCAUUCUCAUUGCCUGGUCUCCCGAUGAUGCCGGUGUCCACCCCAAGAUGAUUUACGCCGCUUCCAAGGAGGCUCUCAAGCGAUCCCUCGAGGGCUUCGCCUAUGAGAUUCAGGCCAACGACUCUGACGACCUUGAGCACAGCUCCAUCCUCAACGCCGUCCUUGCCAAGAUUAACGCAUAA